UAAAAGGAGUGAAAGUUAGAUGGGAGGACAGAGUUGCUUCUACCCCUUCUAAUUAACUAUCUUUCUCCUUCCCAAAAACCUGCAACUCAGUCCCUCGCUCGGCCAGCUGCAACAUGUCGUCUGUCUAUGAUCUUGGAAGGUCGUUCAGUGAAGGCAAAGACAAUAAUGAAGAAAAUUGUCUCUUGGCCUUGCAACUGGCAAGCGCUACGGUGUUUCCCAUGGUCUUAAAAGCAGCUUUGGAGCUGGACGUGCUUGAGAUCAUAUCUAGGGCCGGCCCUAGUGCCUACCUCUCGACUUCGGACAUCGCCUCACAGUUGCCCACGCAAAACCCAGAUGCUCCAGCCAUUCUCGACCGUAUCUUGCGUCUCCUGGCUGUCCACUCUGUUAUCAAAUCCUCUGUUGUCGAACGGGACGACAACCAAGUCCAAAUGGUCUAUGGCUUGGCUCCCGUCUGCAAAUUCCUCACUGGGAACCAGGAUGACAUCUCGCUACGGCCUUACCUGCUUUUGCUUCAGGACAAAACCUUCAUGGAUAGUUGGCAAUGCUUGAAAGAUGCGGUUCUUGAAGGUGGAGUUCCUUUCAUCAAGGCUCAUGGGAUGCAUGUAUUUGAAUAUACUGGGGUAGAUGCUAGGUUUAACAAGGUCGUGAACAAGGCAAUGUCAAAUAUUACCACAAUGACCAUGGUGAAAAUUCUUGAGACAUACAAAGGAUUUGAGGGCCUCAAAGUGGUAGUUGAUGUGGGAGGCGGAAUUGGAGUCACAAUUAACAUGAUCACAGCCGAGUAUCCUCAAAUUAAGGGCAUUAAUUUUGAUUUACCCCAUGUCAUAGCAGAUGCACCAUCUUACCCUGGUGUGGAGCAUCUUGGAGGGGAUAUGUUUGAAUAUGUUCCAAAUGCAGAUGCCAUUUUUAUGAAGUGCAUACUUCAUGAUUGGAACGACGAGGAUUGCUUGAAGCUUCUGAAGAACUGUUGGAAAGCCUUACCCAACUUGGGAAAAGUGAUUGCCCUUGAAUCAAUUCUUCCAGAGACCCUUGAGGCGACCGAUCCUGUCAGUAAAGUCGUAUGGGAACAGGAUUUGCUCAUGUUAUCACAAAGCCCUGGAGGAAAAGAAAGAACAUACAAACAGUUCCAGGACUUGGCACUGAGUUCAGGAUUUACCAGUUUUCAAGUUGUUUGUUCUGCAUAUCACAGCUGCGUUUUGGAAUUCCAGAAGUGAUGAUAUUUUCUAGUUUUGGAGAACUAUUUGUGGUUCUUAGCUUAUGCUUGCUAGAUAUUAAUAAUAUCCAUGUGUGAUGGGAGCGCAGAACUUGUUUCAGGUCCUUUCUUAUGCUAUGUAUUAUCAUUUGGAAUAAUUUCAUUGUGGUUUUCCUUUGCAA